AUGGCAUCAGGAAUCAACGCUCUUGACAUGGCCCUUGACGAUGUUAUUUCGCAAACGGGAACCAACAAACGUAGACAGCAAAGCAAUCGUGGUCGUGGCGGCAUAAGCAAGCCUUCUCGUGGCGGUUUUCGAUCAGGAAACAACAGCUACUCGCGCGCUCCUUAUGGUUCAAGACAGCAAGAUCGUAACGCUCCAUCCAGCCAACCUGCUGCUAGAACGUCGCGUACCAACUUGAUCGUAUCCAACUUGCAUUACAAUGUCACAGAGAGUGAUCUUUAUGAACUCUUUGGUCAAAUGGGCCCUGUGAAACGUGCAUUCUUACAUUUGGGUCCUUCUGGUGGUUCUGCAGGUGUCGCUGACAUUGUCUUUUCUUAUCCACCCGACGCUGAGAGAGCCUUGGCAUCCUAUAACAAUGUUGAACUUGAUGGUCGCCCCAUGCGUAUCGCCUUUGCUACCUUGCCUGGUGUUGCACAACAACAACAAUCUGGUGGUCCUAUGAGGCGGCCCAUGCGUGGUAGCAACCGUCCUCAACGUGGUCGAGGUGGCAACCGUCGUCGUGAAAAUCGACCCAAGCCGUCCGAGGAGGAAUUGGAUGCUGAGAUGGAUAGUUACAUGGCUGGACCGAAUGAUGAUCAGUAA